GACGGUAAGAUGGGGGAGAUGGGGGAGCAUAUAAACGACACACCCCCAAUUCACACAUUAGUUCUGUCUAUCAUUUCUACGCAAACCAAAUCGCAAACCGCAGAAAAUGCCAGGAACUUGGGAGACUAAACUUGAUACACCGACGUUCAAAGGAUCUCUUUCUUUGAACACUGGGCUCUUUAUCGACGGGAAAUGGGUUGAUCCUGUUGAAGGAGGAAAGAUUGACGUUGUGAAUCCCGCGACUGGGAAGGUUAUCACAUCUGUCGCAGUAGGAACGGGUAAAGAUGUUGAUAUAGCUGUCGAGGCCGCAAAGAAGGCCUUCAAGUCAAAAUGGGGAUUCAAAGUACCGGGAACCGAACGUGGCAGGCUUUUGAACAAACUCGCGGAUCUUAUAGAGGCCAACCUGGAUGAAUUAGCAGCCCUCGAAAGUCUUAAUGUUGGCAAACCAUUUACGAUGUCGAAGAUGGUCGACGUGAAAGCCUCUAUCCAAGUUUUGCGCUAUUACGCGGGAUGGGCCGACAAGAUACAUGGAAAGACGAUCGAGACCAACGAGAACAAGUUCGCGUAUACAAGGCAUGAGCCGUACGGUGUAGUCGGUCAAAUCAUCCCGUGGAACUUUCCACUGACCAUGCUGUCAUGGAAAAUUGCUCCUGCUGUCGCAACAGGUAACUGCUGUGUCUUGAAGCCCUCGGAAAUCACUCCCUUGACGGCUCUCAAGGUCGCGGGAAUGAUUAAUGAAGCUGGAUUUCCACCUGGCGUGAUCAACAUCGUGAACGGAUACGGCAUCACUGUGGGAGCAGCCAUCUCUGCUCAUCCUGAUAUUAGAAAGGUGGCUUUCACGGGAAGUACAAUUGUAGGACGGAAAAUCCAAGAAGCAUCUGCCAAAUCGAAUUUGAAAGUUGUGAGCUUGGAGCUUGGAGGAAAGUCGCCUAACGUUAUCUUCGACGAUGCCGACUUUGAGCAAGCAGUCAAGUGGGCCGCUCUUGGUAUCUACGCUAAUAUGGGUCAAAUUUGUACCGCAGGAUCCAGAAUCUUCGUUCAAGAAGGGAUCUAUGACAAAUUCCUUGCGGCCUUCACCCAAGCUAGCAAAGCAUUACAAUCCGCAACUGGAGAUCCUUUCGCCGCUACUACUCAACAUGGUCCUCAGGUGUCUCAGGUUCAGUUCGAUAGGAUUAUGGGCUACCUUGACUCUGCUCGUAAAGACGGUGCUACGAUUCACAUCGGAGGAGAGCGACACGGGAAUGAAGGAUACUUCAUUCAACCGACCAUCGUUACGGAUUGUAAACCCGAUAUGAAGAUCGUUAGAGAGGAAGUUUUUGGCCCUGUUGCAGCGAUUAUCAAGUUCAAGACUGAAGAAGAGGCGAUCGAGAUGGCUAAUGAUACGAACUACGGACUCGCUGCUGCCGUGUUCACCGAGAACAACAGCCGUGCUGUGCGUGUAGCGCAUGCGUUGGAGGCUGGGACGACUUGGGUAAACUGCUACAACUCAUCGGAGAUCCAAACACCUUUUGGUGGAUACAAGCAAUCUGGGUUUGGAAGGGAACUCGGAGAAUACGCGCUAGAGACAUAUACGCAAGUGAAGGCAGUUCACGUCAACAUCGGGUUAAAGUUGUGAAGAAUGAAAGGCUGCAUGUAUCUUGUUCAUGUGAUUCAACGUAGUUCUGUGC